AACGCUUUGUGAGUACAUUUAAAAAUGCUCUAAAAAAUCCAAAGGGGAAGGGACCACUGAAGAUAUCUUAGAGAGGUUCCUGUUUAUUUAUCGUUCUACACCGAACCCUCAGACAAUUAACGGGGUCUCUCCAGCAGAAGCUCUACUUGGCAGAAAGAUACGAACACAUUUCGAUGUCAUCCGUCCUACGCCAGCUAUUGAACCCCAACGAAACCCAUCGAUGGAGAAUCAGUUUAACCGACAUCAUGGGGCACAAAGACGAUUGUUCACGGUGGGACAAAAAGUGCUUGCUAUGGACUAUCGUGGGAAACAUCCUACAUGGACAGCUGGUCGGAUCUUGAAAAAGAAGGGGAGUGUGGUUUACGAGGUGUCAGUUGGCUCGGAAGUUUGGGUACGUCAUGCUAACCAAUUGAAAGCAACCUCGAUAGCCAGCAACAAGAUUCAAUAUCGAUUACCUCUUGAUGUUCUGCUAGACACCUUUGAAAUCAAAACGCCGGGAAUAGACACAUCAGUUUCUGUGCAAGAAAAGAGUGAUACUUCUUUAUUGCCUAGACGAUGGACUAAUCGAAAGCACAGGCCAGUCACUCGGUUGCAGUUGGACCCUAGCACCAGAUCCUACGAAUCUGCUCAGAGGGGAGGUGUUAGCGGGACAUAGACUAGAUUAAAGCAUGCUCAAUGCAUGAUUGCUUUGGUGCACGCUGAUUGGCUGAUUCUUAUCCAAUCAGCACUAGUCGAUAGUCGGAGAAUACUCUGGAAUCUUCUUAUGUAAAAAACUAUAAAUAUACCGACGUUUUCCCUAUU